AUGAGUACGAAGAAAAUAGCCUCGAGUAUAGAUAGCUUCUUAUGGCCGAAUAGGUAUACCCUCGAGUUCCUGGGCUUCUGGCCUCCUGAGCCUGGAACGUCCAGUAUAUCCAAGUACUUUGCUGCGUUUCGAAUAGUUUUCUCCAUCCUUGCCAUCGGCUUUCUGUUCGUGCCAGAGAUCAUGAUGGUCGUUGUAUUCUGGGGCGACAUAACCGUACUUACAGGGGUCGGCUGCGUGUCGACGACUCUUGCCCAGCUGAACUUCAAGAUGUUGUACGUGUUGGCUCGUCGCCGCAGAUUUUGUCGAGCUUACCGCAAAACUCGCGAGCUCUGGUCGAUGACCGAUCACGAGUCCGAGCUGAGAAAGGGUCUAGAGAAACUGGCUGGCCAGGCCAAGAAAUACUCCAUCGCUUUCUUCUUCACGUGUUUCUGCAAUAACAUUAGUUUUACUACACUGUCUGUCGUUGUGUGGCUCAACUACAAUGCUCAGGAGAACAAGAGCUUGCUAGAACGCCGCCUGCCUUUUGAUGUUUGGUUCGGCUUCGACCUGCAGCGAACGCCAAACUUUGAGUUAGUUUUCGUCGGCCAAUCAAUAUCAGCCAUCUUCUGCUGCUUCGGCAUCGUAGGGCUGGACACUGCUAUGAUGGCCCUUAUCCUUCACGUCUGCGGUCACUUCAGGGUCAUAGGUGCGAGACUUCGUGCCAUCGGUCAAGGGAUGCACAACGACGUUCAGUCCAAAAAUUCAGUGGAAUAUCUUCACACUAGUCGAAAGCUGGCGAUAUGGCAAUGCAUCCAGUAUCAUCAGCAAAUGAUUAAAUUCGCUGAAGAGGUCCGGAGUCUCUUGAGUCCGAUAAUAUUUGUACAGCUGCUGACCAGCGGCCUAGAGAUCUGUCUGAGUGGCUACGCAGUCAUCGUAAACAGCGACGCAGGCAACUAUGGCGAUCUCGUCAAGUGCACUGGUUACUUUCUCUCGGUCUUUAUACAACUGAUCAUCUGGUGCUGGCCAGGUCAGAUACUCAUACAGGACAGCUCGGAAAUAGGCCGGAUCGUACUUCACGACCUGCCCUGGUGGGACAUGGCCACCGAGCAACAACGGCAAUUCGUCUUCGUGAUUUUUAGGACGCAAAAGGAGUGUCAGAUCACCGCACUUGGCUUCCAGGUCAUGUCGAUGAGCAAACUUACAGACGUAUUCAACACAGCUGGCUCAUAUUUGGCUUUGCUGCGGAGAGUCUAUGAGAAAGAGACUGAGGAAUGA